UUUUCUGCACGGACGUCGUUGACGGGCACACACAUGCAGACAGCUGAUGUUAGUUGUGGAGACGUGGACUUAACUCAGCCGUCCAUAACUCAGCUUCUCUGCCUUUAUAUCCCCAACCUGACAGCUCGGUCGCGUUGUUUGCCGGCGUGUCUUCGUAAUGGCGACAGUGGAGGAGCUGAAGCUGCGGGUGAGGGAGCUGGAAAACGAGUUGAUCAAGUGUCAGCAGAAGCAGUGCGCCGCGGAGGAUGCUCACAGCCAGGAGCUGCACAGACCCAAGAUUGACAAGAUGAGCGCCGAGGUUGUGGAUUCAAACCCAUACAGUCGUCUCAUGGCUUUAAAGAGAAUGGGCAUCGUGGAUGAUUACGAGAAAAUCCGGACUUUCACAGUCGCUGUGGUUGGUGUUGGAGGAGUGGGCAGUGUGACAGCUGAAAUGCUCACUAGAUGUGGCAUUGGUAAGUUGCUCCUCUUUGACUACGAUAAAGUAGAGCUGGCCAAUAUGAACAGACUGUUCUUCCAGCCUCAUCAGGCAGGACUCAGUAAAGUCGAAGCAGCAGAGCACACACUCAGGAACAUCAACCCAGAUGUGUCAUUUGAGACCCACAACUACAACAUCACCACAAUGGAGAAUUUCACACAUUUCAUGGAGCGCAUCAGUCAAGGAGGGCUGGAAGAUGGGAAGCCUGUGGAUUUGGUUCUGAGCUGUGUGGACAACUUUGAAGCCAGAAUGGCCAUCAAUACAGCCUGUAAUGAACUCGGUCAGAUCUGGAUGGAGUCUGGUGUCAGUGAGAACGCUGUAUCAGGACACAUCCAGCUCAUCAUUCCUGGAGAGACGGCGUGCUUCGCUUGUGCUCCUCCUCUGGUGGUGGCAGCUAACAUCGAUGAGAAGACCCUGAAAAGGGAGGGUGUAUGUGCUGCCAGUCUACCAACAACAAUGGGUGUGGUCGCAGGCAUCCUGGUGCAAAAUGUUCUCAAGUAUCUGUUAAAGUUCGGCACAGUCAGUUAUUAUCUUGGCUACAACGCCAUGCAGGACUUCUUCCCAACCAUGGCCAUGAAAGCAAACCCCCAGUGCAAUGACCGCUACUGCAGGAAACAACAGGAGGAGUACAAGAAAAAAGAAGCAGAGCGGCCAAAAGUUGAAGUUGUUCAGGUAGAGGAGGAGGUCGUCAUACAUGAGGACAAUGAGUGGGGUAUUGAACUUGUAUCAGAGGUGUCUGACGCAGAGUUACAGGCUGCAUCGGGCAGCGUGCCUGACCUCCCAGAGGGCAUCACUGUGGCUUACACCAUUCCAGCUGAGAGUCCAGCAAGCGGAGAGACCGUGGAGGAGACAGAACAGAGUCUGGAAGAGUUGAUGGCUCAGAUGAGAAAGUUGUAAGCAGCAAUCUGAAGAAGCGUUUCUGCUAUUCAGAUAUAACUUGCCUUUUCUCACGUGUCCAUUGCUUUCUUUGAUAACAAGCAUCUCAUGAAAUGUCAAAUAAACAAUUCAAGAAUUAAUUCUUCUAACCGCAUAAAAGGGUGAAAUGCAUUAAAGGCACUGUUACAAACAAAGCAGUCAAAUGUGUAAUUUGCUUACGUACUCGAAAGGUGUUCAGCACUUUGAACUGGAACCGUCUCUAAUGAAAAGUAUGCAAACCCGGAUUAAUAUCACUGUUAGUGCAUUAACGUGUGUCACAAUGGGUAUUUUCUACGGUUUUGACUAGUGAAUGAGUGUCCCUACCUUUUUAAAUGUAUGUGCUGUCAUUCACUCAGCUUUAAGAAAAACACCUGCUGCAACAGUAACGAUGAACAAUGUUUGAGUUGUCUCAAUAAAGUAUUUAUUAGAUGGGAUACAAUCAUCUCUAUAUUUUGGAUGUGAGAGGAGUGAUUUUCUUUUUUCAUUGCUGUCCUGUACAGAUUUUCUAUUUUACAUUAACACAUGAAUACAUUUUUUACAUACACGUCAGAUAUGCACGUAUGCACUAAAUUUAGCAAUGAAACAAGGUUUUAGUUUCCAUUUUGGAUUCAUGUACAUUCGAUCAGACAAUAAAUCUUUACUUUAGUGUAUUUUAACAUGUGGCACCAUCGUGGUUUUGGCAAAUCCAUUAAAAUACUUUUUGUAAAUGAACACAGACAUUAAAGUUUUGCUAAAAGCACAGCAUGAAAUCAGUACCAGAAGUGAUGUUUCCUCAUACAUGGUCUUGAUUUUGAACAUUUAUCUUCUACAAUUUUGGAUUACAUACAACACUUGAUACUAGUAGGUAAACAUUAUGUAAUGUAAACAUAAAUUGUAUUUUAACAACAUAUAAAUGUACCAAUUUUGCACAAUGCUCACAUUUGAUUUGAGAGACAGUAGCUCUAUAAAAAUCCUUCAUUCAGGACAUCAGGAAUGUAGACUUGGCAACCAAUCUGUCUGAGGUCUGAAUAGUUUUGGUGAGACGUAACAGCAUAAUCAGACUGAGCUGUUGAAAGGUUUGGUAUUUCAUACUUCAUCUCCUUAACUUGAAAAGCCCUUU